AUGACAAAGAUGCUGCUUGCUUUGUAUGACGACCCAAAGGUCUUUAAAUUAGAAGAGAAGUUCCUUGUUAACUCUAUAGAUUCGAAUACUUUUGUUGGAAAGUAUCCGUUAGAAUCUUUCUUCCCUGGUGCUCGUGGAGUUUAUGGAGGCGAGCUUGUGAGUCAGGGUAUUAUAGCUGCAUGGGAAACCAUUGAUGAUACUGAUUUCUCCCCGCAUUCAUUUCAUGCAUACUUUAUUAGAGCUGGGAUGCCAGAUGUUCCGGUUAGAUGGGAAGUAGAUUUUAAUAAUGAUGGCCGUAAUUAUAAGAACAGAUUAGUGCGUGGGUUUCAAGAUUCUGUGUUGAAAUUUGAGUUAUCAAUCAGUUUUACAAGAGAUAACAGCAUCCAACUGAGAAAGCUAGACUACAGUGAUAAAUUAGUUGAAUAUGCUAAUGAUUCCAAGAAAAUGAAGAAACUUGCAGUGCCAUUUGAAUUUCAACUGGAAGCGUAUCCUUUGUUCAAGAAGUAUAGAGAAAAAGUUCAUGACAUGGACUAUUUCGAACAUGCUAAUGGUAACUUGCAACACAUAGUAUUACCUGAGUAUUUUGAGGCAGGAGUAUUAGAUGCCACUAAACAGAAACAUAAGGCACCAGGUGAUAGGGAAUUUGGAGUCUUUGUUCGUAUUAAUGAUGAUUUAAAUUUAGCAUUAGAUAAGCAUCGUGCUAGAAUAAUAGGUUUAGCCUUUCUUCUGGAUUCUUUCUAUUUACGUUCUUUGGCUAUGGCUGUUGGUUAUCAUAUGGAACCUGAAUAUCUUGAUUACUUUAAGGUUAGUUUAGACCAUGCAGUAUGGAUCCAUGAUUCAGAUUUUGAUCCUACUGAAUGGAUGUUUAUGGAUUUCAAGUUUCCUCGGUUACUGAAUAAUAGGGUGCUUUGCCAGUGUCGAUUAUUCACAUUAAAUGGUAACAUGGUGGCAUCCAUUGUUCAAGAGGGACUUGUGUUUAUGCCCAAGAGGCUUGCAGAUGGUUCAAUCGGGGGUACCUACAAGUUAUAG